AGAGGAGUCAAAUCUCGAAGGUCAAAGUUGAGGGCCAUGGCUCGUGGGCAGCAGAAGAUUCAGUCUCAGCAAAAGAACGCAAAGAAGGCAGCAGAGAAGAAGAAAGGUCAGGGCGCUGACCAGAAGACUGCAGCGAAGGCCGCGCUGGUCCACACCUGUCCUGUCUGCCGGACGCAGAUGCCUGACCCCAAAACCUUCAAGCAGCACUUUGAGAGCAAACACCCCAAGUCUGCCAUGCCUGCUGAGCUGGUGGAUGUUCAGGCGUAAAGACCUGCUGAGAGGACCUGAACCUGAUACACAAUGACCACGGACUAAACAUUGAAUCACUGCGCCUGAAGGAUGUUGAUGACGACCACUGGGACCCAUCAGUAUUCAUGGACAACAUGUUGGGAUGGAGGGAGGGGGUGGAUGUGUGUAUGUGCUGUGUAUGUACGUGUGUGUUUGUGUAAGAGAAAACAAUAACAACGGGGCAGAAGUACACCAGCACCCCACUUUUAUAUUUAUUAUGUGUACAACUACCUU